UUCGCACUCCUUGCGUAUUGCUUACCGAGCGAGGAGAACGGCAAUAAUUUCGGGCAAAUAUAAACGCUAAUUGGCGCAAUAUAUGCAUAAUUAAUGCAAUCAAAAGCGAAAGGCGAACGAACGAACGCAUUUGUUGUUGUGUAAAUAAUAAUAAUAUAACAAAAAGUGAAUGUUUAAACGUAAUUACAGCUACAAGAGUUAAAACAAGCAAUAAUAAAAAGCAGUGCCAAGCCAAAGCAAGCAAGGGCGGCGUAAAGAAAGUGGAAAAGAAAAUUCUGCGUAGCAAACAAACCGGUCGGCGCGCAACAUACAUACAUACGAAUACAACUACAAAUACAAAUACACAGACGCUAAACGUCGUCAAUAUAUCGUUAGUGUAUGCAAAAGACGCAUUUUGAACUUAACAAAAACGGAAAAAACGAAAUGAAAUAAAAUAAAAAGGCAAUAAACGUACAAUAAAUACAUACAAAUUGCACAGUGUGUUUUCCCCCACAAGCAUAUAUAUCUUAUACUAUACAUACAAACAUACAUAUAUUUAUUUGUGCUGACCAAACGAAAAACGCAAAAGGCGGCCGCCAUAUGCGACUGUGACUGCUGCUGCUGUCGUAGCUGCUGCUCUGCUGCGGGGGUGACAGUGAAGUAAAGGUGGUGAGAGCCAGUGCUGGAAACGACGCUACGCAACGCUCACCUUUCGCGUAUUGUAAAUUGUUUUUGCAAACACAUAAACUACUACCCCACCCCAACCCCCCUCUUGUUGUGCAGCAGCAUCGCCGUCGUCGUGUGUUCCACUUUUGAUAGGCAGCGCCCCUUUGCGCUCUAUACACAGUUAAAGCAGGCUCUGUCCUGAUUUUUAGUGCAAGGCGAGAGAGUGAGAGAGAGAUAGCUGGUGACUCUCUUCCAAACAACUAAAAGAGAGCGCGGGUCAGUGGAGUGACAAUGUAUUAGUGAUCAAUAGUUACGCUCUUUAAGUGUGUAGUACGCGAGUGUAUGUGUGUGUGUGCGUAACGAUUUACAUACAUAUAAGAUUUACUAAUAAAAUGCAACGACGCUGUUGUAACUGCGAUUGCGACUGCUGCAAGCAGCUCGUCGCGCUGCUUGCGAAUGCGUCGUCGCUGGCAUAGACUAGAAGGAAAAAGAGAAGGAGCAGUAGUACCUGAGCCUGGAGCAGGAGCAGGACACAGCUGGGAACAGACAAAUGUCGUCGUCGACGAGCAACGGCGGCAUCAAUAGUGCCACAAAUGGCCGCAGUGGCAGCACUGGCAGCGCCAACAUCAACCUCAAUCUCAAGGCCAAAACGGGAGCGGGAACGGGAGCGGGAACAGGCAGCGGAGUAGCAGCAACCGGAGUGGGCCACAAGACGCUGCCGGAUCUGAAGACGCAACGCAGCAAUAGCAGCGCUGGCGCCGGGCUCGGGAUCGGCGUGGUGGCCAAAACACUGGCCACCCAUCGACGCGACAGUUCGCAUGUGGAGAAGUCGCAGCUGCAGCUGCUGGAGAAACCCCUGAGCUAUGGUCCGCCACAGCAGUCGAGCCGAGGGGCGACCGCUCUCUCUAAGGAACCUAAGGAGGGGCAUCUGGUGUAUUGCGAGGGGAAACUGCAGGCGGGCACGCUGCAGUCACUCAUCCAGCACAUGGUGCCGACGCACGAAUAUUAUCCCGAGCAUGGUUAUCUAUUUGCGUUCCUGUUGAGCGCACGUCUCUUUAUACGGCCGCAUGAGCUUCUCGCCCAGAUCUCCGCCACCUGGGAGCAGCAGCAGCAGCAACAGGGUGCUGGCAACGAUGUUGUGGACGAAGCAGUUGUGCAGCCGCAGCUGAAUUCGGCAUCGCCAUUAACGCAGCGCAAGGGACACGAACUGGAGCUGGAGCCGAAGCCACAGCAACGCACGUGGACGCAACGCUCGGCGCAGCAUUGCAUCCGCUUGCUGUCCGAGUGGAUCGAGAUCUUUCCCUAUGACUUUCGGGAUGAGCGACUGAUGCAACAGGUGCGCAUCCUGGCCAGAAAGUGUGUGUUCAUCGACAACUCGCUGGGCAAGCAAGUGUCGCGAAUCCUUCAAUUGUUGGUCUCUCGCUUGACCGCCUUGGAGCAGUAUGAGGAAUUCCUGCAGACGCUGAACAACGAAGCCAGCACAGAUUCCCAGCAGAAUAAUCAUCAACAACAGCAGCAGCAACAACAACAACAGCAGCAUCAACAACAGCAACAUCAUCAUCAUCAUCAUUUGCAUUUGCAUAAUCCGUUUCAAACAUUUCUGGGCAGCUCGCAUUCAUCGUCCAGCUCAGCGAGUGGACAUGCCUCGAAUGGCAUCUCAUCGAGUGGCAACUCCUCGAGCGGUGGCAGCACCGGCAACUCGACAAGUGGCAGCAACUCGGCAUCGAGCACUCCGCAACCGGACGAGGUAUUUGGCAUCAUGGACAUUUGUGGCAGCUGCGAGCAUUUGGCGCAUCAAUUGACUGCCAUUGAAUUGGAGCGUCUGUCGCAUAUUGGACCCGAGGAGUUUGUCCAGGCAUUUGCCAAGGAUUAUCAGCAUGCCAAGGGCGCUUCAAGCGAUGCACUGGCGACAGCGGGAACAACAUCGGGAGGAGGCGGAGGAGCAUCAGUCAACAGCUCGCUGAACGAUAUGAAAAAGACACGCAAUCUGGAGUCGUAUGUGCAGUGGUUCAAUCGCCUCAGCUACUUGACGGCCAGCGAAAUUGUCAAGUAUCCCAAGAAGAAGCAACGUGUGCGCAUUAUUGAAUAUUGGAUUGAAACGGCACGCGAAUGUUUUAAUAUUGGCAAUUUCAACAGUCUGAUGGCCAUAAUAGCUGGUCUAAACCUGGCGCCCAUUGGCAGACUCAAGAAGACGUGGUCUAAAGUGCAAUCGGCAAAAUUUUCGGUGCUGGAACAUCAAAUGGAUCCAACAUCGAAUUUUAAUAGCUAUCGCUCGACGCUUAAAGCUGCCAUGUGGCGCUCCGAGGGCGCCACAGAGGAACGCGAACGCAUAAUCAUUCCAUUUUUUAGUUUAUUUGUUAAGGACUUGUAUUUUCUGAACGAAGGCUGCUCGAAUCGUUUGCCAAACAAUCAUAUCAACUUUGAGAAAUGCUCACAACUCGCCAAACAAGUGAUGGAGUUCAAUGAAUGGAAGAAGGUCUGCUGUCCAUUUGAUAAAUUGCCGAAUGUCAUUGCCUACCUGCAGCACAAUGCGGUGCUUAAUGAAAACACACUCUCGAUGGCAUCCUUUGAGUGUGAGCCGCCCGAGAACACCGAGGAGAAGGAUCGCUAUAAAACUGUGAAAGCCGAAACGAAGCAACAAUUGCUCCAGCAAUUACAGGAGCAGCAACAACAACAACAACAACAGCAGCAGCAGCAACAACAUCAUCAGCAAUAGUUGACUCUUUAGCUACUUAGUCUUUGUAUUUAUAUCUAAGUUACGCUUAAGCGCUUGCCAUGUUUAUUUUUUUUUUGUAAACCUAAUUUUUACACGAGUCGAUUAUACACUUUAAGACGGGGUGAAUAUUGUUUAAGCUUAAUGCUAAGACUUAAGUUAAGCGAUUCGUUUGGGACAAGGCGCAUGCGCUGCACUUUCAAAGUUGGCAAAUGUCUUUAAAAGCUAUUUGCUGCAUCCUAAAUUGACGACUCUCUCUACUAUUACUUAACCCCAUUUCAAAAUUGAUCAUCUCACAUUAAUUCCAUCAUCAAUACUCUCAUCUUCAUUGCCUCCGAACGGCUUUUCAGUGCUGCAAAGCGGCGCAUGCGCAAAAAAAGAGCACGACAAACAUUUUUCUAUGAAACGCAAAGCAUCUCCAGAAUGUUGCCAGUAAUUAAUUUAAUUGCAUUAAACAUUAAACAGUUAAGAGAAUUAUAAAAACACGAUACGAAACGAAACGAAAUGAAUGUAUGUACUUAAAGCAUUUUAUUGCCGCAAACUUAUAUAUCGAUAUUUAUUUGGAUUAGUGAAACCGGGGGGAAUAACAACAACAACAACCAAUAUAUUUAUAAUUAAAUGUCAUAACUUAUUUGAAACAAUUUGACAAAACUUGCGUGUGUGUGCGCGCACGAUAUACACAUAUAUUGUAAGCGAACAGUAUUUAUAUUUAUAUAUUUACACAAUUUUAUAGCUAAAUUAAAUCAUUUUUAAUAUCAA